AUGAAUGUGGGUGACAAUUCCGCAAUUGUCUUGCUUGGAAACGGAGAUGGUACCUUCCGGCCACAAGCUACUUACGCUGUAGGAUCCUCACCAUUUGCUGCAGCAGUUGGCGACUUCAAUGGAGAUGGCAAUCUUGAUUUCGCAACUGCGAAUGAGUUUAGCAAUACAGUGAUCAGUGACUUCAACAGAGACGGCUAUCUCGAUAUUGUUGCUGUGAAUCAACGUGACAGUACAGUUAGUGUUUUAUAUGGGAUUGGAUCAGGUAGCUUCCAGACACAGAGCGUCUUCGCUGUGGGGACCAAUCCGAGGGGUGUUGCAGUGGGCGACUUCAAUGGAGAUGGCGCUCCCGAUAUAGUGACUGCCAAUCCCAAUGUCAAUACUGUGAGCGUUUUGCUUGGGACUUGCGGCGUUUGA